UUUGGGGGGAUUGUGGCCUGGGGUCGGGGAGGAGCGGGUCCCCGCCUCGUCGCCGGGGAGCGUGGGCGUCGCCGGGGCCAAGGCCCAGGCUAGGCGUGUCCGCGCUGGCCAUGGCCGGACCCGCUCGGUUACCGAUGACUUUUGAAGAUGUGGCCAUUUAUUUCUCUGAGCAAGAGUGGCGGCAUUUGGAAGCAUGGCAGCAGGAACUUUACAAGCAUGUCAUGAGAACCAAUUAUGAGAUUCUUGUCUCUCUAGAUAAUGGACUUCCAAAACCACAACUAAUAUCCUCGAUUGAACUUGGGAGAGAGCUCUUUGGCAGCUGGGGAGAAGAACAGAAACUAGAGAAAGGGACUCACUCCUCUAUAGAUGAUGUGCACUUUCAUCCAGUUAUUGAGGAACGGCUAAUUGAGAGUAGGCAGCAUGCUGCAAAGUCAAGAGGAGUCACACGCCGUUUGCAGUUAAGUCCUCUGGAGAGUCAGCAUUCCUUUGGGCUUGGUUUAGGAGGAAAGGAAGAUGUUUCCCUCGGGUGUGACCAAGGCAUCGGUCUUGUAAAUGCACAGACACACAGCCUCGGGACUCUGGUUUCCACAGUGCACAGUUCCAGUGAGGCUGCCCCAAAAGAAGGACUCUGGAGUCACAGAACUCCGGAUCUCCCUGGCUUGCAAAAAGUCACCUCUGGGCAGAGUACCCAACACUCUUGUCCUGUCUGUGGGGAGAACUCUCGGGAGGAGAAUCACUUAGUGAAGCCCCGAAAGGGUCACCCCAAGAACCCAUCAUGUAGGGUCUGGAAGAAGGUCAGCAGGCAGGCUGAGUCACAGCAGCAGUGGGAUUUCUCCUGUCCUGAGUGUGGGAAGAGCUUCUGCCUGAAGCAGUAUUUGGUGAGACAUCUAGAUGCCCAUACAAGGAGGAGACCACCUCAGUGCCCUACAUGCAAAGUGCACUUCCAUCAUGAGUGUACCCUUUUCAGCUCUCACCUCAAGAACAGUUCUUCCCAGCACCCCAAAUGUGUUCACCAAUACCAGCAGAGCCAAGAGAGGCCAGCCUCCUGGAGGGAAGACACCAUGGUGCCCUCAGGACAGAAGCCAGAUCCCAGCCUGGACGAUGAGGGCUGCUGCCACAAGGGUAGCAAGCUGAAGGCCCUGCAGUGUGGCUGCAGCCUAGGUGAGGACAAACCCUGCUCAUGCACAGAAUGUGGCGGUUGCUUCCUCUCACGGUCUAAGCAGGCCAUCCUCUGCAGGACACACACAGGAGAAAAACCCUUUUGGUGUCCAGAGAGCAACAAGUGCUUCUGCCUGAGAGACCUGCAGAUUGUCCACCGGAGUGUGCAUGGUGAGGAGAGACGGUUCUCCUGUAGGAAGUGUGGGCAGGGCUUCACUAAACAUUGCAAACUCACAGAACAUACCCGAGACCUCAGUGGGGAGAAAUCUUUCUGGUGUACCCAGUGUGGAAGGAACUUCAGCCCAAAGGGACAGCCGCUGAGGCACCCGCGCCUUCACCCAGAGGAAAAGCCCUUUCAGUGUACAAUGUGUGACUUAUGCUUCCGUCUGAAGAGCAGGUUGAGAGAAAGGCCAUUCUCCUGCAGCGAGUGUGGCCGUGCCUUCACCCAUCAGUGCAAGCUCCGUGAGCAUCUCAGAGUGCACAGCGGAGAGAGGCCCUUUCGGUGUCCCGAGUGCCACAAGAGCUUCCGCCUGAAGGGCAUCCUGAAGGCCCACCAGCGCACCCACAGCAAGGAGAGGCCGUUCUCUUGCGGGGAGUGUGGCAAGGGCUUUACCAGACAGUCUAAGCUCACAGAGCACUUCCGUGUCCACAGUGGAGAGAGGCCCUUCCAGUGUCCAGAGUGUGACAGGAGCUUUCGCCUAAAGGGGCAGCUGCUUAACCAUCAGCGCCUACACACGGGAGAGAGACCCUUCCAGUGCCCGGAGUGUGGCAAGAGCUACCGUGUGAAGGCCGACAUGAAGGCACACCAGCUGCUGCACAGCGGCCAGAUGCCAUUCUCCUGCCAUUGUGGGAAGGGCUUUGCCAAACAGUCUAAACUCGUGGAACACAUGAGGACACACACAGGAGAGAAGCCUUUUCAGUGUCCCAAGUGUGACAAGAGCUUCCGAUUGAAGGCUCAGCUGCUCAGCCACCAGGGCCUGCAUACAGGCAAGAGACCUUUCCAUUGCCCCGAAUGUGAUAAAAACUUCCGGGAAAGGGGUCACAUGCUCAGGCACCAGCGCAUCCACAGGCCUGAGAGGCCCUUUGCCUGUGGAGACUGUGGGAAAGGUUUCAUUUAUAAGUCCAAACUGGUUGAGCACCUUAGAGUGCACACAAAGUCCUGUCAGGUUCCACGUGAGCCUGACAUUAAGAAAAGGCUUAGCCAACUCUUUGCGAUGAUCGAGGCUGACUGGAGUUGAGGCCUCAACUUAAUCGCCAGGGUAGCAUGAAGGAUGGUAGCUAAACCCACAGGAAAGCAGGUUUUAGGAGAAGGGGCUCUACUUUUAUCAAAAAAUAUAACAAAUUAAAAAUUGGAAACUA